CUGUAUUUGAUGAGCCUGUUGCGUGUGGUCUUGCCUUUUCAGCGUGCACGUCUGGCGUUUUCGUGUUGAGAUACAACGAUCAUUUUGUAUCUUCCUCUACCAUUAGGUAAGUGCUCCUUUGUAAAGUUCAAGCUAGUGCUACGAUCAUAGCACAAUGCCCUAUUUUAUUUGAAAACGGCUAGUUUUAGUUCUUCGGGUGGCAAACGCUCAGCUGACAGCCAUGCGUCACAUGGCCGACGGCCGGGUUGGCACGAAACAAAUAUUAACGACGUGGAGGUGCAUAUAUUUUAAUUUAAUUCUUGGCAACAUAAACAAAUCUAACGUAAAGGAUUAAGGGAUCAGUAUAAGAUUCUGGGACACUGCCCAGUGCUGUCAACCCCCAACAUCUUCAAAUAUUAUUGAGAAUGGGAUAAUAGAUGACGUCAUAAUGCUCGAAACAUGACGUCAUUUGUGCAGAAAACAUGUGAAAAAGAUGUUGUUGGAAUUGUAAAAUUUGUACCUGAUUGGCUUACUUCCUACCAAUCACAUUAUUGCUUAUGUUAAAUACAAUGGCAUACCGGGGUUUCCAAGGAAACAUUCGAUGUUAAAAGUUUAAUUUAUAGCUCAAACAACGCAAAAUAUUUGAAAUUUGAUUGACAGAAAGAUUUCAGACUCUAAUCUGGAGACCGGGAGUAACAGUUCAAAAUCGGGAGUCUUCCGGAUUAUCCAGGAGAGUCGACAGCCAUAUUCCUACUUAGGGCAAAAUGUUGGGUUAGGGGAGGGGUAAGCAGUUUGUCCAGACUGUUAUAUCCUUCUUUAGUAGAGCUGUCUGCAUAGGUAUUGCUAGUCUCCCUUGCAGACAUUUUUGUAUUGUCACACAACGUUCCACCCCAACAAACGGCUGCUCACAUUCAAACCACAUUCCUUUCCAGAUUUGAGCUAAUCACAGCUAUUUUCUGGAACUGUUUGGUGCCAAAUUAUCCUUUCAUGUGCCGUCCAUUGAUAGCCUGCAUUCUGCAUGUGUAGUGUAAAGUUUUCUCUUAGAAGGCCGUUAUUACUGGGCUGCCUGUGCGCCCAGUCAUAAAAUGGGCUUUCGGUCGUCUGCGGUGAAAAACGGCCUCCCGGGGGAGGGAAGACACGAGGGUCUGGUACCGAGAAACGAUGUUCUCACAAAUGGUUUCAUAUGAUUUUCUCUUGCACGAUCCCUUGCACGGAUACUUUUUGUACCUCGUCUGCGCUCCCCCUGAAAAACCCACAAAGCGUUGCGAACCUGAAGAAGGCUAUUUGCGUUGUUCGAAGCGAUUCGAUCAUGGGAGUCACUCUAUAAUUGUUUUAUUGUUCGAGUUUAAGUCAGUUAGAUGAUGUUGGCGCUGGGAAACUCAGCGAAAUACUGACCGACACGCCGACACGCCGUUCACGGUAGGUUCACACUAAAAGAUGACUGUGAGCGUCAGGUUUGAAAUGCCGUGGCCGCUUCGUGAACUCAAAGAGAGAAUUAUCGAUCGAUGUAGUACAUGAGCAAUUAAGAAGCACAAUUUAUGAGCAAGGUAUUUCACCAGUUGACGACACUAGCACUAUGGCCGAAGACUUGAUUGUAAGCCUUCGUAGUCAGUGAAGCGAACAACUCAGUUGCCGAUGAAUGGCACUACGCACUUCCAUGAGCAAGGGACGUGACAACUUUGCCAUGUUAGAAGACUGGCUUUUCCUUUAAAUAUUUCCUUCUAUUUAAUGCAACACACGCCACUUUGAAGGACUAAAUUUCGGAUACUGAGGAUAAAGAAGACACGGACAAAAAUAGGGACUCUGAGAAUUUCGCACACAAGUUUAAAGCUUCUCCGGGACAUCCCAUCCGGGAGCUUCACAGAGAGCGACUUGAGGAAAAUAGGAGCUAUUACUGACAAGGUUUGGUGACUAAGUAGAGCAUACAAGUGUAGCCCACGUCGAGGUUUCAGGGGGUUUGCUUUUGUUUGUAUUUGUAUCUUGCUAAGCUUUUAUCAUUAAAUUUGUACAUGAUCUUGUGAUCACAAUUCUGUGUUUUCGCCCAUUCAGCAAGCACGCUAUAUUGAUGUCAGCAUUAGCGAGUUUCAGAAACAUGCCUUUGAAAGUUUUCAGCUCUCGUGAUGUUUCUUGAUAUUUCUUUUACCAUUUUAUGGAGAUGUAAACUGAAGUCACCGCAAAAUGGAAACUUAAACAAGCGUAUAAUCCAUUUAUCUCGAAACAUAACACACAUGACUUAUACGACCUUUAUUUUCGUGAAGGUGUUUUGAAUACGAACGAACACAGUCAAUGUGAGGGGCUAAAACAGCAUUAAUAUAAAUGAACCAUAGGAUUUUAACUAAUAUAAGGGUCAAUUAUUGUGCAAUAUUGAGAUGAAUCGCUUGAAAAGAGAGACUUCGCUUGAAAAUGUGAUGACAGGUAAACAAAGGCAUAAUAGUGCGUCACGUUCAGUCUUUUUAAUAUCCAAGGAGUCACUGUGAAUAGUGAUUCCAUAUUGUUUAGCUGGCACAAAAACUUCGGACGAGUUAUAAAGCGGCAUAGUUAUUUUCCAUGAAGAAAAGUUUGUCUUGGGUGAGACAAACAGAACUGGAGCGAAUUUUUAACUCGCAUCGGUAUCAGGUAAAAAAUAUGUUAUCAAUCGUUUCAUCUAUCUACAUUGUUUGAAGUGCGUGCUGGUGAACGCAACAUGCGAGCGAGAAAUCUUUAAACUUUUUUAGGUCUCAAAAUGCAAAGGAUUUUAUUCCUUUAAGUUAGAGAAAAAUACCAUGAGGAAAAUCUUAAAACUGAAUAUUUUUCAUCUUGUGGAAAAAAUAGUGCGUUUUCUUGUAGACUGUGGACCGCAAAUUAGGAUCGCACUUUUCACAAACAUGUGAGUUCGGAAGCCAACCGACGAUUGCGUUUUUCGCUGCUGUCAAUCAUCUUAACGGACCUCUUAGGAAACAAAACUUUACUUCACGUGGAUUUCGAUCCGUUUUGUGUGUUUCUCUGUUUCAAGGUUCGUUGCUUCUGAUCGUAAUUAUGAUUGACGGUAGCGAUAAACACGAUUGUGAAGGUGGCUUUUGAACUUUAGAGUUCGCAUGUUUGUGAAAAGCGCAGUAAAGUCUCCGUGCAGCCCUGGAUCAGGCGGGAUCAGUGGGCAGUUAACUGUCUGUUUUAGUAUACUUCUGGUUUUCAUACAAUACAAUAUUUCUGUCUAGUGUAAAUCAGCUCAGUCUGUCGCAUUUUAUGCUCGUAGAACGACAACAAUUUUUGGAAUUUCCAGUUACGUCAAAUUAGUCACGUUAUACUGUCACACUAUAUUUUGGGGCACAGAGGGAUUGGGGGAGGGGUACGUGGAAAUAAUGCAAAUUGUUUCCUGCUUCGAAUUAAUGGCUAACUUGUUUAUUCUUAUUCAUAAUGGUGGAAUUUAAAAGUUAUUAUACAGCCCCCGCUUAAAAAUGGUACUCUUUUUUUUUGGUUACAAAAGUCUUUCAAAAGGGUACAAUGUUCUGAAUGAGUUUAUGUUUCAGUCUCACGUGAGGUUCUGUCGCAUGCAAUGGUUGCUGACAAGGUUUUAUGGUAGCCUGAGUGUGUAUAGCCACCCGAUCCCUUCAGAAAAAAUAGCCCCUUUGCAGCCCAGUUAAAAAUCGCCUUUCAGCGAUUCUUGUUUGUCAUGCACAAGCAUUAAUGUAGAUAUUAAUCCAUAAUUAAAAUACAUCUAGACCCGUGAAUGGACAGCCAGGAUGGGAGAAAGGCAACCGCAACCCUCCUUGUGACGGGAAGGGCAUAGAUGACCGCAUGACAGCCGCUAAGAUAGAGAGUAAUAGCCACUCUUCAGGAAUGUUCUUGUAAACUGACUACCUUGUCAUUUUCAGAUUGAACAAGAUCCACAUCAUGAGGUUGGUUAUCGUCGAUGACUAUACCCAGUUGUCAGAGUGGGCAGCCAAGUAUGUGCGUAACAAAAUUCUCAAGUUUAACCCAGGACCAGACAAAUAUUUUGUUCUUGGUCUGCCAACAGGUACUGAUUUCAGAAGAAAUAAUAUAUUUGUUGUUGUUAAUUUUUUAUCUCAGGUAAUGUUUCUUUUUCUUUUGUUUCAACUUCAUUGGCAUACCGGUACAUUACCAUACCUAAAAAUGAAAGAAAAACAAAAAUUACUUGAAAUGAAGAAUCAACUGUAACAUUUAUCCAUAUUUUACUAGCAAAAGGUUAAUUUAUUGCCUUUGAUAUAAAUUCCUUUACCUCACCUAUGCUUCCAAGCAAAAUUGCAAAAGUAUAUAAUGUAUUUAUGAUUGCUGUUCAUUUAUGGUAAGUAUAUCCAUAACAGUACCACAAUUUGAAUCAUUGUUCUCUCAGAAUGCCUUACAGUUUACCUGUUUUAUAUAAUGUCAGAUGACCAGUCCUAUGAUCCAUAUUUUACAUGUUUCUCUGGAAUUUUUCAGUGAGGAAGAUGUACAUUGUAAUCAUGGGCCAGGGUCAACAGGAUUCACCCGAAGCAUCCCAAACACCAGGCAAAAACCCCUUUGACUCAGAGUUAUUACAUUUAGUUGGGACUGGUGGGCCACACCAAUCCAGUUGUAACAAAAUUACAGAUUCCCAGCUAGAUUAUGGCUGGUUCUCAGGGUUCUCAAUAGAUUUUUAAGUAGGAGGUGAUCACUGAUAAAGUAGGAGGCUCUUCAGCAAAGCCAGAGGUGUGAAAACAAAGCAAAGAAAAGCGACUUAAACACAAAGUAAGCGGCUAUAAAUCCCAAAGUAAGCGGCGAUCAAUCGCUGGGUGCCGCCUUCUAUUGAGAACCCUGGUUCUGAAGAAGGCUCUGGUUUCUAGCAAAAAUGGUCUUUAAAAAAGCCCAUAUCAUUUUCAAAGACCAGUCUGACUGGCUAGCUAGGAUUUUUGGUUGUCAUGAAAAGUCUCUGAAAUGGUGUGUAAGGCUGUUUUCUAGGUUCUCAAUAUUAUUUUGAAGGAGUAAUUAAAUUCUGGUCUCUUUAAUUUUUGUACACUUCAAGGAGUGAAAGUGAUAGGAAAUGUUAAGAGAACUCAUAUUUUUUUUCUACGCAUUGUUUAGGAAGUUCACCUCUUGGAAUGUACAGGAAGCUGGUGGAAUUCUGCCAAACGGGGGAGCUUUCUUUUAGAUAUGUCAAAACUUUUAACAUGGAUGAAUAUGUCGGCCUUCCACGAGAUCAUCCUGAAAGCUACCAUUCCUAUAUGUGGGAAAAUUUCUUCAAGGAUAUCGAUAUUGAGCCUAAAAAUGCCCAUAUUCUUGAUGGGAAUGCUGAUGAUCUUGAUGAAGAAUGCAAUAAUUUUGAGAAAAUGAUAAAGGAAGCUGGUGGAGUUCAUCUCUUUAUUGGAGGUAAGUUGUUUUCUAAAGCGUCCUUAUUCAUUUCCUCUGAUACUGUUUAGUUAUGUCUCAUUCCUAUACACUUUUGAAUUUUUAAUGAAGAUUUUUUGAAGGGUCUUUGGAUAGUAUCUAAAUAAAAUUUGCCCAUGACCAUGGAAAUCUUUACUGUGGUUGUCCAGAAAUUGUAAUGACACUUUUAGUGGGAGUUAUGUAGACAAGUAUGUCAUACUCUAAUAUCUGAUGUAUUCUGGGACUGAGCAGUUUACUGCAACAAUAAAUUGUAGAGUUUGUUGAUAUUUCAUAUGAAAGUCAACAAAAAAUUACAGUAAAUGAAGGCUUGUCAUUUUGAUCUCACACAAAAAAAACUAUGUGUGAAAUAAUGCAAAGAAAAUUUUAUAAAAGUGUUGUGCUCCUCUUAGAGUAUUAAGGUUGCCUCCUCUGGAGUUUUUAAUAACAUUCUGCCUAAUACAGACUGCUAUCUACUCACUUCAGCUGCUAUAUUGCUGCUGAUUUCUUUGCACCUAAAACUCAAGGUAAGGAAUUUGAAUGCAGCAACUACCCUAUAAUUUUUACAGGUAUUGGUGAUGAUGGUCAUAUUGCGUUCAAUGAACCUGGAUCGUCGCUGAAAUCAAGGACAAGGGUGAAGACCCUGGCAAAAGACACCAUUGUAGCUAAUGCACGCUUUUUUGAUAAUGACAUCAGCAAGGUCCCCACCAUGGCUCUUACGGUGGGUGUGGCCACGGUGAUGGAUGCUCAAGAGGUAAGGGGCAGAUAAUUAAUUUUAGACUGAGAUAAAAUGUGAGGUGCUGCUUUUUUAGGUAUAGAGAAGACAGAAACCUUAUGAAUCCUUCUACAAUUCAUAGCUCGAAAAAAAUCCCCGUCUGAAAGUCCAGGAUAGAUUUUCUUGCUGGGCAAGUAACUUUUAAGGCUGACUUGCCCAUCGGCAGGUGUCGAGGCAAGCCUGUUGUGCAAAAGGCAAGCUGGAAUAUUCAAGUUUUUUUUUGAGCUCAGUAUCGUUGUACAUGUAUGGAAAUACAUGUUUCAGCUGAGUUUGAUGAUUGAAUUUGCUCUCCAGGGGGCUCUGGUGGUGGAGUGAAAAAUGAACCAGAGCAUACCAUGGCUGAUAGGGACAAAACACUCCAAGAAUCCAAAACACGUCCAAGAAUCCUAAAGUGUUUUAUAGUGUUUUUAGAUUCUGGGAAGUGUUUCGUCCUUAGCUUGCAGGCUAAGUAGCAACAUAGUGGACGAGUUUUUUGUUUUCUGUUUGGAAAAACUUUGUGUUUUCCAUUAUAGGUUCUAAUUCUGAUCAGUGGUGUAAAGAAAGCUCUUGCUCUCCGUCACGCCACAGAGGAUGGCAUGAAUCACAUGUGCACAGUAUCUGCUUUUCAGCAGCAUCCUCACACACUGUUCUUAGUGGAUGAAGAUGCCACAAUGGAGCUGAGAGUACGGACAGUCAAGUACUUCAAAGGUUUGAUGGAUGUUCACAACAAACUGGUUGAAGAUCCACAGGACCCGACUGCUCCACCAAGUGCAAAAAGGCUUAAAUCUGUGGAAGAAUCAAAAACUAAAUGAAAUAUUCCUUAGUGACUGUCGUUUUGUGAAAAUAAGUCCAAAGUGAUCAAAAGGCUUGAAAAGCCUUUUAAAAACAAUAAUAUACCAUAAAUCCUCUAUUGUGCCACCUGGUGGUUUAUUUAUUUCAAGCACGUUUUAGGUGGUGGGAGCUUAAUCGAAAGGGGGUUUCAAGCUCGUUUGAAGGGAGCGGGGGGAGCUUAUCUAACUUAAUAUAUUGCAUUGCUGGUAGCAGAAAAACAGGAAGGAACAGACCUAGUUACUGUUCCCUUCCUCCUGUUUUGGACCAGGGCAAUGAUUGUCUAACAUGGAGAUUUAAAGAUAAUUAUAUGUGUUGAACAAGGUAUUUCAACAUCUUUUUUCACUUGUGGGAACCUUGAAAUAUGUGAAUUACAAAAUUCAUGAAUUUUAAAAUGAAAACCUAAACAAAACGUUAAGCUAAAUCUAAAUGUAAAAACUGAAUACCCGUAUACGCAGUUCAUUGAAGAAAAAUUGUCCUGAUGGUUAUGAUUCAAUGUCAGUGUUAUGGAUUUCAUCGUUCACAUCCAAAGUAAGGUACAACGUCUUCCUAAACCAUCAGGGGCACCCAAAGUCAAUUUUCGGAAAAUAUCUGUUGGGAAGACAUUUGAGAUCUAGAAUUUUAGGAACAUUUGUUGUAACAUUUCUUGCUUACCUGCCUCUCCUAGGAUUUUCGAACAGCUAAAAAAUGGUAUAAUUGCCCGUUUUUAACGGAUUUUUUCCCUAAAAAGGUCACCUAGAAUUUUCGGAGCCUUUUUUCUGGCUGAAAUUUUCGAAAAGAUAAGUUUUGAUCCCUAUAAUUUUCGGAUCACUAGAAUUUCAGCUAGGAAAUCCGAGCAGAUGAAAAAUUUUUAGGGGAUAAAAAUAUGCCAAUAUCUACCGUUUAAAUACUAAAAUACGUUAACAAUACUAUAUUUAAGUGGUUUUGAACUGUAUUCUCGUUGGUUGCCCCUGAAACCAUCUCUUUUUCAGAAACAUUAGUAUCAAAAGGACUGAUCCCUCCUUCUUAAGGGAGGGCUUAUUAGACAAGGAGGCUUAAUAGAGGAUUUAUGGUACUGCAGUUUGUUUUAAGUUCUUAUCGAUGUAGUUGAUAGAUGCAAGUAUAAAAGAGAUUAAUGAGUAUUUUUCAGUUUUGAAAUAAAAGGGA